UGGAAAAUUCAAAAAAAUAAUCAGCUAUAUUUUUUGUGAAACCGCCACACAAAAAUGUUUGUUUCAAAAGUCCUAUUAUUAAUUGUGGGUUUAUCCUGUAUUUCCUACAGUGCACAGGAAUCGCAGUUGAAACUGGUACUGUAUUAUGAGGGAUUAUGCCCCUACUGUCAUGAUUUUAUACAGGAACAACUGUAUCCAGCCUACCAAGCAUUGGAAGGCGCCUUCCUGAUAGAGUUAAUUCCUCUCGGAUGGGAAGUUAAGACUGAUGAUGGAUGGGAAUGUCAACAUGGACCUGAUGAGUGCUUCCUUAACAAAGUUGAUGCUUGCCUUAUCAGUCUAAAACCUCCUCAGUUACAAUUAUUAGGUUUUAUUAAUUGUAAUGCAAACAGCACAAGUAUGGAAUUAACCGUCGAUGAGACUAAAGACGUAGUUAAACAGUGUGCUCAAGAAAAUAAGUUAUCAUGGGAUGAUAUUAAUAAAUGUGUAACUGACAGUGGUGAUGCCCUGCUUUUGUCUUAUGUAGACAAACAGAACAAGAUAGAUCCUCCACUUCCGUAUGUCCCCCAUAUUAGAUUUAAUGAUAUUUUCGAUGAAGACUUAGAACAAUCUGCUAGAGAAGAUUUGGUAUCGACAGUCUGUGGUUUACUUACCGGCACUAAGCCAAGUGCAUGUAAUUAAAAAUAUAAGAAUGAUAAAAUUUAAACAAACCCAAAACGUGUUGAUUUAAAACAUUUUUAAAAUAAAUAAUAAUACCAUACAUAGCAAGUUUUUUUCUGUUUAUAAACUUUUCAAAUUUUAUUCACCAAUGCCUUCUAAAUACUUA